AUAUGUAUUGUGCUUGUCAUCAGUUUUCGGCAUGUAGUUGUUUGUUUGUAUAAAAUACCGCUCCAAAUUGCAUCCUUCACGCCAAAAACAUGUUGUAAGUACUCUUUCCGUCUUAUUGAUAUGAAUGCAGGACUCAUUCAGUAUCAAAACAGACGAUAUUUACGCAACAGACUUGUUUUAAACGAGUGACAUGGCGGAGUUUAUGACAGCGUGGUGCCUAUGAAGCUUUUAGGUUUGGCGUGCUUGCAAGAUGAAACAAUCAUCUUCGUCGACCAGUGAAGACGAUGUCCCACUGAAGCAAAGAGUAAAGACAAAGGCGCAAACUGUGAUCAAGAAAGCGAAGAAAGAUAUACGCAAAAAUACAGUGCCAGUGCAACCAUUAAACUCAAAGAAAUUUGUCAUACCAAGAAAUAAGAAGACGCGAGGUAUAUAAUGCUCGAGGUGUAACUUGAUAGUUGGUAGUUCAUUUACUCAGGAGUCAGGAGGAACAUGCAAGGAAUUUUUUUCUGUAUCCCUUCCUAUUUUAUUUAGUAUUAGUAUAUACCACCAGGUGAAAUAUACCCUAAAUAGAAAUUAUUCAAGUCAACUCAUUUAUAGUGCCAGCGCUCUCCCUUCUCCCCAGACUUUAACAGCAUGAAAUAUAAUAUAAAGUAGGGUGCAGUGCAACUUCGUGGGUUAACUAGUCACAUGCAACCCGUGAAACUCGGGUCUGCAUUCAGCAAUGCCGACCUGCAAAUAGAUAUUGUAGAUUUAGGUCGGCAAAACCUUGCCAAACUACUUUGAAAAUCCUCUGCAUUUUUCUUGAACACACUUUUCACAUACACAAUUUCACCAACAGUGUUUUAUCAUGUUUUGAUCAUUAUCAGUGUGAUUAUUUAACUUGUCAGAAUAUGCUUUACCAGUAUCAAAUCCGUCAAUCGAAGUAAACAUUCCGAAAACGUACAAACCUAGCGAGCAUGUGAGCAAAUCGUGUUCAUACAGUAUUUUGCCACAAACAUUGUUCAUCCCUUUUUCAAACUUCAAACAUUGCAGUUUCUUGUUCAAAGGGGACACUUUAGGAUUUAACACACAUAUAUGGUUAAUAAAAUGCCGUCUACAACAACCAUCAGUGGUCAUCAUUUCUUGCAACCUGAAAUGUCAGGAGUUUCAAGGGCUGCUUCUCCUUUCGACAAGUAAAAUUGUUUUGCAUUAGACAGAUGUAAGGUGCUUUGCAAUUUAAUGGAUUAAAUAUUGAAUCAUUCUUGUAUGAAGGUCAUUGAUGCCAAAAUCCUGAUAUUUAAGAUGGGCUAAGGUACUUUAAAGUAGGCUAAGAUAGUCUAAUGUAGUCUAUGAUAGUACAAGGUACCCUAAGGUAGGCUAUAGGCUAAUCUAAUGAAGGUAAUCUAAUGUAGGCUAAGGUAUGCUAAAGUUGUCUGAGGUACCCUAAUGUAGGCUAAGGUAGUCUAAAGCCCCGUUUACACUUCGCUCAAUUUUUGGUAUGGCACAGAUAAAAUUGGUCCCCGUACCACUUUUUUGGUUCCUGGACUACCUAUUUAGCUUAGCCCUGUUUACACUACGCUCAAUUUUUGGUACCCUACCACUAGGUAGUCCAAGAACCAAAAAAGAACCAAAAAAGUGGUACGGGUACCAAUUUUAUCCGUGCCGUACCAAAAAUUGAGCGUAGUGUAAACAGGGCUUAAGGUACCAUAAGGUAGGCCAAGGUACCCUAAUGUAGUCUAGGGUACCCUAAUGUAAUUUAAGGUAUGCCAAGGUAGUACAUGGUAGGCUAAUGUCCCCUAAGGUAAAGGUAGGCUAAUAAAGUAGUCUAAAUUAGGCUAAGGUACCUUAUGGUGGAAUUAUACAUUUAUUAUGCAACUAUCAAUACCAAAAGUAGUACAUCAAUCAUAAAUUGGUAUUACCAUAUUUUUCAAUAUGCAAUAUUCCAAGUUUUAGAAAAACCCACACUCAUUGACAUCAUGAGCGUAUGGGCCUAAUCUUGUUUGGGGGGGGGCACAGUACAACCCUCGAAAUUCGCCUCGGCACUCGGCAACUGCCGACGCAAAUGCCGAGGCAAGUUACGAUUUUUCAUAGUUUGCCUUGGCAAAUAAAUGCCGAGGCAAUUCCACCCGUUGUACCUUAAAUUACAAACUACAGCGUCUGUUCGUUUUUUUUUGUUGUUAAAUUUACAAACUACAGUGUUCUUUUUUUAUAUCACUUCUUUGUUCGAAUUGUUGUCAUCGACGUUGGGUGAACAACAGCCGAAGAUUUCAUUCAUAGCUACUUUACAAAAUAUCUAAAUUUGAGCUUUUCAGCGUCGGCUUUGUCUGAAAUAAAGAACAAUCUUGAUGGUUUAAAGACGGCACGUCGAGAAACUUUGUUUCAUCUUUUAGACUGUCGCGUGAUUACCGUCAAGUUUAUUCUUUCAUACAAUUUGUUGUUGUUGUACCACUAACUUUUUAAAAACAUUUUGAAUCAGGAACUGCCGACGUGAAUGCCGAAGGGUGCCGAAGUAAUUGCCGAAGGAAUUUAAUAUGAUUUCAUUGCGUGCCUCGGCGAAAAAAUUGCCGAGGCAUUGCCGAGGCAAACUCGAAAAUUAUCAAAAGACUUCGGCAAUUAUUUGCCGAGGCAAAAAUAGUUGAAUUUCGAGGGUUGCAGUAUAGUUUGCCUGAACAGGCAAACUGAAUAUUAAUAUUAGAGGUCACCAAAAAAAUUUUUCCAUGGGGGAAAUUGCAGCAAUUUUUCUAGGGGGGGGGGGAGGGCUAGUGUUGGGAUUAAGUAAGAACCUUCUUUUGAACAUUACAAGCCCAGGCAGUGCAUUUCCAGCUAUUUCCCACAAUAAUUUUGAUAGGUAGAUGUAUUUCUGUGAAACACAUGUUUCACUGAAAAUUUAGUGUUCAAGAUUCUUGUCAAUGACUAUUGCAUUGUAAAAGAACAAUUGCACAUAUAUCAAGGGCGGAUUUAAUUUUUUUAAAAGGAGGGGUGGAAAAUUUCUAGUGGGGUGCAAGCGGCACCACUGAGCGAGCUUUGGCAGGGGUUAAGCGUUUUGGUUAAAGACUUUCACACAAAAUAGGAGGGGUGAAGCAAAAUUUUAGUGGGGUUGAGCACCUUAUAAGAUGGGUUAGAGAGAUUCCAGGGGGGGAGGUAACCCCUACUACCCCCCCCCCCCCAAUAAAUCCGCCCAUGACAUAUAUGAAACGGGUCAACUCGAGCAUUACUCUUCGUUGAAAAUCAUGUAGAAGGCCCCACCUGUGCAGUCCAUGAUUGAUCAUUGAUAUAAAACAACAGUCUAUUUUUUACGUGACAUUCUAUAGAGCUGCUGGAUAUACAAGGUCUUGAAUCAAGAGAUGCCGUAGAACUAUUGAGGAAAGUGAAACAGUCGUUUUAUCAACCUGACAACAUUUCAAAUUAUAUAUUUGAAAAUGUAACCAUCGUCCACAAUGCCCGCUUUAGUGCAGAGGUACACAUGUCUGCUUUAGUAUUUUUGAAUUUUAAUAUUGAAGAGGUUACUAGGCAUUUCAAGCACUUUCCCACAAACUGUGUGAAAAUAAUUCCAUCUUUACUUACUUUAGUUUAGUGCGAAGAAACAAGAAAUGAGACAAGAUGGAUAUGCACAAAAGGAUUUGGAGGAUACCUUCGCAUACCUUUACUUGGAUGGUUGGCACAAGGUAUUGUGAUAUUAAAUAAGAAUUAAAAUUUCAAAGUUUUACAAGCAAUUUACAUGUAGGGGUAAACCAUACAUUCAUGAAAAUAGGAAGAUAGUGAAGGAUUUUCCCCAAGUUGGCUAACACCAUACAUUGUCAUUGGCAUAUGCCAUCUAUAUUGUGCAUGCACAUCUACAGACUCUACAUGUAUGCACAACAGGGGUGGAUCCAGCAAGGUUUUUCUAAGGGGGUGAUGGGUGAGCAUUCAAAUGAUCUGGCUUCCCAACAACUCUAGCGCUGAAGGCGCGAGCUCCCUAGGGGGUCCAAGGGUAUGCUCCCGGAAAUUUUGAAAAUUAAAACCGUAGAAAUGCCAUUUCCUGCGAUAUGGGCAUUGAAUUAUGAGCUUCAGUUUGACUUCAAAAAAGAAAAAGCCUUGGAAAUAGACACUUCCCGAAUUUGCUUGAGUGCACACGAAACAACAGCUUGGAAUCGAGGCGGACAAUGUAAUCAUUGUAAAUAACUACUUAUUUACAAUAAUUACA